AACUCACUUUUCCAAUCCCCCAAAUUCUUAUUUAUAAAUGGACGCGGCGGUGGCGGAGGAGGGCGGCGAAACCGCAGGUUUCGAGUGCAAUAUCUGCUUCGGAUUAGCCGAAGAUCCGGUGAUCACACGGUGCGGGCAUCUCCAUUGCUGGCCGUGCCUCUGCGAAUGGCUGCGAUUCCACUCGCAAUGCCACGAAUGCCCCGUUUGCAAGGCCGUGAUCCGAGAGGAGGAGCUGAUUCCGCUCAACGGAAGGGGCGAUACAGCGUUUCAUCGGCGGCCGCCGCCUGAUUCUGAUAUUCGGCGGAGCGGCAGAUUGAUUCGGCCUAGGGUUGUGAGGGUGCGGUUGCGGGAGUUUUCUGGAUACGGUUGGUAUGGUGGGGAAUUGGAGGGUGGUGAAGAGAAUAGUAUUAAUAAUGGUGAUAAUAUGAAGAAGAUUAUCUUUUUCAUUCUUCUCUUUGUAGUUUUUGAUUUCUUAAUAAUUUGAUCAAUUUUUGUUUCUUGUAUUCAUAUUUCAUACAACCGCUCUUCCUAAUUCAUAUUUUCAUCUAUUA